AAAACCGUUUUAUAUGUGAAUGUCGUUUACGGUGGAUUUAUGACUUGCACAAUCAAACAAAGAAUCGCGAAUUGAAACAAUCAUUGGAACGAAUAACAUGCAUGUUGGAACACACACAUCAAGUCAUCAACGACAAUACAUUGAACGAUCCUCGCUAUCAGAUCCAAUUUGACACCGGUGCCCGUCAUACACAACCAUUAGAUUUCGAUGUACACAAUGAUUUGAGCGCCACAAAUCAAUUUAAUGAACGUCAUUCGAAAAUGCGUUCAUCAUCGGCUGAAAAAGUUGAAUUACUGAACUUGAAUCCAAAUCAAUUGCCAUGCGAAACUGUAACUGAUCCAACUGAGCUCCCCCUGCAAAGGGAAUCGGUUUCGGGAUAUGAAAUCGGUGGUUUGAAUUUUAAACUAUUUUCAUCAUCAGCUGUUUCUAACACUGUCACCACAAAUGUCAUUGCAACUGUUAUUAUGGCCAUGUCGACCGCGAUAAUUCUGUCGUAA